AUGCAGGCACUGGCGUGUGAAGGAGGAGGAAGCAGGGGUUCUCCUACUGAAGGAGCCGAACAGAUCAAGCCUGUCACUAGGUUGAGCUUCAAAGGAAGGCCCGGUGAGGACGGGUAUGCCCGCCGUGUUCGCAUCAUCGAAGCCAUGAUGGCUUAUUCUCCGGCUACAAUGUUUGGGAUAAAGGGUAAAGGAAAGGCGUAUAAGGAAGUCUUAGAAAUUCUCAAUCGGGAUGUGGUGUUUCAUGAUAGCUUGAAGGAAAAUACUCUCCGAGAAAAAUGGUGUGAAAUCAUGAAAGUCGUUGAUAGGAUUGUAGUAACAGGAGAGGAAAGUUAUCUCAAGACCUUGGAAAGCGAAGGAAAGCAGGCGACUAAGUUAGAUGACCUUUACAUCCUCCUUGCUCAGAUGAAGGCGAAAUGGGCAGAUUCAGGAGGUGCGAGGGAUAGUGAUGGUGACGAGGACGAUAUCCGGGUGCCCUACGUGACAGCUGCCUACUACGGCGAUGACAAACGAAAGGAUGUGAAUGGCGAGGAGGCUGCGGAACCGAAGACAUCAGAACAGGACAAGGUCCUACAGGGGGAGACGCAGCCAGCUGUCACACGAGAAGACGCUCAGCACCUACGAUGGGAGUCGAGCCCAUCGAACCAGCGGGAUGAAGGAGGGACAGGGGGCAGCGACAAAUCUCUCAAGUUGGCUAAGCGGAUCAAGGUGUCUCGAAGCGUAGACGGUCUGCUGUUGCGCAUAGAAACUCAGAGGCUUCAAGCUGAGGCGGCCAAGACCCAGGCUGAGGCUGAGAAGAUCAAAGCUGAGGCGGCCAAGGCCAAGGCAGAAGUAGAGAAGUUUCAUGCGCAGACAGCGAGAAUCGUUGCUCUCAAAGAGCAAAACGACAGCAUAGCUCGCGUGCUGCAGGCUUUUGUCAAUAGUGUGAAAGAAGGUGUAACACUUCCUGCCGGAGUGAUGGACAUGCUCUCCAGCAUAAAGCCUGGUGCCGCAGUGCUUCCGAUGAUAAUGAAACCUAGGCUAGAACAGCUCGAGCCGGCGGCGGCAUGCCGGCAGUGCCGCAACGGUCACCGGGUGCCGCCCUGCCACGACGCCGCCUAUGCAAAUUGA